AUGUCCUGCGAGUCUCUUUCCCGGGGGAUGAACUACCUCGAGAAGCAGAAUCCCAUGGCCACACCCACAAAGGACGAGACAUGUGAAAGCAAUGACCCCGAUCGGUUCUUGGGUCUAUCGCCCGAGACGGCUGAGCUGUGGAAGACUUUGGGUGACACGCCCGAUUCCAAAGCUCUCAAGGAAGAGUACCUCCGCACGAAGGGGAUUUUCGAGUGGGAGCUGCGGUGGAAGCACUACAUCCGAGACGACACAGGUUCUCCCCGGAUGAAACAAGAACAGGCUGCCUUGGAGAAGUACAUGAACGAGCAGAUGAGCAAGCUACGAGGGCAAAUGCAACAGGAGCUAGUGCAGCAUCAGCAGGCCCUUGACGAAGCCAGGAAGCAGCAUGAGGCGGCACUGCAGGCAGAGCAGGAGAGGCAGGAGCAGCUUAUGAUGCAGCGCCAGGCCGAGCACGAGGCAACCUUACAGGAGGAGCGGGAGCAGCACGAGCACAACCUUUGCUUGCUCAUCGAGCAAGCCUCUUCUGCCCAAGCAGAGGCCGUACGAUCUAUGCAGACAGCACCCAAGCCUGCAAAGGCUGACACUGCUCCCAAGCCGGAUGCAAACCGCGCAGAUGCUCAUGAUGCUAAAGCUAAGCUGCGGGCAAAGAUGGCCAUUGCUGUUGCAACAACCCCGCAAGCUGCCCCAGCAGCCCAGCUUGCUUUGGCCGUUCCGGCCCUCCGCAAGGGAUUGGUUCUGGCCAAGCUGAACUGCCUCAUCACCUUCCGCACCAAGACCGUGAAGUGGCGAAAGAACCUCCAAGGCUACUCUUGGAAAACCGAAGCCGAGAUGCGGAAGCCGCCUCUCGAGUGGGAGGAGUCGAGGAUUCAGGGUGCCAUCAAGCACUGUGAGAAGAAGAAAGACUUGUAUGACCCCAACAUCCGCAAGUACCUUGUUUUGGUGCGGGAUGAUGUUGAAUCCGCAGAAGAGAAGCUGCAAGAGCUGCAGCAAGAGAUGGCGCAAAUGGGCCUCUUGUCCAGUGACUUCGAGCUCGGAGACAUCAUGGAGGAAUUGGAUGGGGAGACCACCACAGACAACUCCAAGCCACAGCCAGGUGGCAAGAAGCGCUUGGCCGAGUACCCCACGGUGGAGGGCGAGGAAUCUAUUCAGGAAUACCUUGGACAAUACCGACGUGCAGUCCUUACCCGCAAAGCUCUGCUGAAGGGUGCUCGUGAGCGGCUCGAGAAGGAGGGAUCAAAGGGCCACGAGCUCCUUGCCUCGACAGUUUGCACUGUAGUGUGUGGACCUAAUCUGAGCAAAAUGCUUCCCUGUGUACUGAAUUGCGGCUGCAGGGAAGACCUCAAAGUCUUGUCCACGAGUGGUGGUGCCUCGCACUCUAAUGGUAAGCAUGUCCCCUUAAGAUGUAUAAGAUAG